AUGUUUUCUAGUGAAGAAUUAGAGAUUGCCGAGAUAGAUCCGGGAAGGCAAUACGUAAGGUACACUGACACCAUAGGAUUAGGCGGUUGGAAAAAAGUUUUCAAGGGGUUUGAUAGGGCUACUGGCAGGGAGAUUGCAUGGUCUAAGAUCAAUAUAACAGAUAAUAAAUUAAAGAAAAGGAGCGAAUAUAUUCAAGGUUUGUGUGAAGAAGCUCGUCUUUUAAUGUCUUUAAAUCAUGAGAACAUUGUAAAGUGCCACCAUUAUUGGGUUGAUGAAGAGGUUAGUAUCCUUAAUAUGAUUACUGAACUUUGCAGUUCAGGGGAUCUAGGGCAGUACAUCAAGAAACAUGUUCAUCAUAACACAGAAAUCAUCAAGAAUUGGUGCAGACAGAUUUUGAGUGGGUUGAAUCAUCUUCACACUCGCAGUCCGAUGAUUAUUCAUGGUGAUCUUAAGGAUGACAACAUCUUUAUUAGUGGAGAUUCUGGUAUUGUUAAAAUCGGAGAUUUGGGUCUUGCCAAGAAACUUGAACGAGGGUGUUUCUUGACUGAAUCGAAACCUGUUGGUAGACUACAGUUCUUGGCACCAGAGUAUCUUGAUGGAAAUUAUAAUGAGCUGGUUGAUAUACAUUCUUUCGGGAUGACAGUACUACAGAUGAUCACUCGGGAAGAAGACAUUUACUGUGAAUGGAGAAAUCUGGAUACGCUUACUGAAAAGAUUAAGGAGGGUGUAAUGCCUAUCGCGUUAAGCGAAGUGAGAGACCCUGAAGUUAAGCGGUUCAUUGAGAGGUGUCUUGUUCCUGCAUCUGUUAGACCUUCUGCAAGUCAACUAUUGCAGGACCCGUUUCUUGCAUUGAGUGUUUCUGGAAUUACAUCAACACCAAAUACCAAUUCUGGGGUUGUAGAACAACUGGAUCUUCAGAAUGCUGAGAACCCUUCUGGUGUUGAAUCUGGUGAGGAAGUGCCUUCUAUCAAGAUUCAACAUGGGGAUAAGAUUUUUGAAUUGAAAGGGAGUCUUAAGGGCAAAAUGAUGCCGUUUACCUUCACGUUUACAAAUAUAAAUCUUGCAUAUCAGGAACGCAGCUUUUGGUAUGACUUCUCACUGGAAACUGAUACAAUUAAUAAAGUUGUGGAGAAUAUGGAUACAUAUUUUGGGUGGACAAUUGAAGAUUCUGCUGUGGCUAAUUGGAUUAUGCAAAAACUAUUAGGAGGUCUUCUGGCUGACUUAAUAGAACAAAUGGAUCUUCUGAAUUUGUUUGCUGGUGUAAAGAAAUUGGAAGUAGUCAAGCAAAUUGAUGGUAAGGAUAAGAAAUUCAAGUUGAAAGGGAAGAUGAAGGACAAUGAAACGAUAUCCAUGACCCUCAAGAUCACUGAUUCUGGAGGUAGUGUACUACAUCAUAAAGUUUGUUCUGAUUUCUUAUUCGAAGAACAAACAGUUGAGGAAUUUGUGGAGGAACAUUGGGAAGUGGGAGUAGGUACACUUGCCUUGUCAACUGAAGAUGUUACACUGAUUGCUAAGCUGAUCGAACAAACUUAUCAGAUACUGACGAAACAACCUAGUUGCUUUGGGAAGCUGUCAUUCCUUUGCAGGAAGUUCUAG